AAUAGCAUUCUCUGUCAGUCUGUCUUUCUCUUUUCUGUGUCAGGGGAACCACACCUUGCUCUAGUCAUGUCAGAUGCAGAGGAGGAAUAUGAGGAGCAUGCAGAAGAGCCAGAGGAGACAGAGGAACAGGAAGCAGAGCCGGAUCCUGAGGAAGACGAGUCAGAGCAGCCAGAGGAGGAUGAAGAAGACCAACAAGAUUAUCAAGAGCAGGAAGAUCAGGAGGAAGAAGAGCGCCCCAAACCCAAGCCUAUGGUGCCUCAGUUAGCCCCCCCUAAGAUUCCGGAGGGGGACAGGGUAGACUUUGAUGACAUCCAUAGGAAGAGGAUGGAAAAAGACCUGCUGGAGCUGCAGACGUUAAUUGACGUCCACUUUGAGCAAAGGAAGAAGGAAGAGGAGGAGCUCAUUGGGCUCAAGGACAGAAUUGAGGGGCGCCGGUCAGAGAGAGCAGAGGUGCAGAGGGUUCGAGCAGAGAAGGAGAGAGACAGACAGACCAGGAUUGCGGAAGAACGACAAAGGAAAGAAGACGAGGAGGCUAAAAAGAAGGCCGAUGAUGAUGCAAAGAAGAAGAAAGUUCUGUCUAACAUGGGAGCUAACUUUGGAGGCUUCUUGGCAAAGGCAGAGCAGAGGAGGGGGAAGCGCCUUACAGGAAGAGAGAUCAAGAAGAAAACAUUGGCUGAGAGGCGCGCUCCUCUGGUGCUAGAGAACAUGAGGGAGGACAGCCUGAAGCAACGUGCUCAAGAGAUGUGGAACUGCAUCUAUGAGCUGGAGUCUGACAAGUUUGACUACAUUGACCACAUGAAGAAGCAGAAAUAUGAGAUUACUGUUCUCCUCAAUAGAAUCACCAGUGCCCAGAAAUUUAAAAAGGGCCAUGGAAAGGGGAAGGUGGGUGGUCGCUGGAAGUAGCAGAGUUCAGACCAGAUGAUUAAACAUGAUGAAGAGUUCUGUUUCUUCUGGGCCUGUUCCAGUAAACAUAACUUCACGUGUUACACUGCAACAUCUAUUAUAUGUCUUGGUAAUAAAAUUAUAUUGUAUACAUCAA